AUGAACCCACACGCCAAACUGAUCACUCUUCUCAGCCUUAUCCUGGGCACAACAAUCACUAUCUCAAGCAACCAUUGAGUGCUAGCCUGAACGGGCUUAGAAAUUAAUACCCUCGCAAUUAUUCCCCUCAUCGCCAAAUCUCACCACCCCCGAGCCGUAGAGGCCUCCAUCAAGUACUUCCUAGUCCAGGCCUCUGCCUCAGCCCUAGUCCUGUUCUCAAGCAUGACCAAUGCUUGAGCCACAGGUCAAUGAGACCUCACCCAACUAACCCAACCAACCUCCUGCCUCCUGCUGACAGCGGCCAUUGCCAUGAAAUUAGGUCUAGCCCCCUUCCAUUUCUGAUUCCCAGAAGUCCUUCAAGGGUCUUCCCUAACCACCGCCCUCUUACUAUCCACAGUAAUAAAACUUCCCCCACUAACCAUCCUCUUCAUAACCUCACCCUCAUUAAACCCCUCAGUACUGACUACUCUAGCCCUCAUUUCAGCUGCGCUAGGUGGAUGAAUGGGCCUAAAUCAAACACAAACCCGCAAAAUCCUAGCCUUCUCAUCUAUCUCUCACAUAGGUUGAAUAACCGCAGUCAUCGCCUACGACCCAAAACUAACAAUCCUAACCUUCUAUCUCUAUAUCUUCAUAACAACAGCAGUCUUCCUAUCCCUCCACACCACUAAAACCCUAAAAUUAUCCACAAUAAUAACAUCUUGAACAAAAACCCCCGUUCUUAAUGCCACCCUAAUACUAGCCCUCCUAUCUCUAGCCGGACUACCUCCACUCACAGGAUUUGCACCCAAAUGACUUAUCCUACAAGAACUAACCAAACAACAAAUAACACCAACAGCAACUAUCAUUGCCAUGCUAUCCCUAUUAGGUCUUUUCUUCUACCUACGCCUCGCAUACUACGCAACAAUUACCCUACCCCCCAACUCUGCCAACCACAUGAAACAAUGACGAAUUAACAAACCCUCUACCACUCCCACUGCCAUCUUCGCAGCCCUCUCAGCCACCCUGCUGCCUAUCUCCCCAAUAAUCCUUGCCUCCAUUUAG